AUGGCUCCCUCUGCCAUUGAUCGAAAACGCAAAUCUGUCCCGGCCGAACAUAAUGAGGCUUCGGAAUCGGACGUCGAAUCGGAGGCCGAAUUUGGAGACGGAUUACUGGAGGGCAUUUUGUCCCAGAGCGAGAGUGAAGAUUCGGACGAGGAAAGUGAUGCAGAGGAAGAUAGCGAUGAGGAAGAGUUAGACUUGGAUGCACUUGAGGCUCUGGAUAGCGAUGAGAUCCCCUCCGAGGAUGGUGGUAGUGAAGCAGAAGAGCCUAUAGGAAGUUUGGUCAAGAGCAAUGGCACGAAGAAUGCAGUCGUCGCUUUGCGCGAGAAGCCAUUACCUGACGAGGACGAAGAUAAGCCAAAUUACACAAUUACUACCGAUGCGAAUGGGGGAGAGCGAUACGUCUAUGAGGAGAUAGACCCAGUAUACGACUCCGACGACUCGGAUGCGCCUAUUACAACAAACACCAUUGGGGAUAUUCCUCUGUCAUUCUACGAUUCGUAUCCCCACAUUGGCUAUGAUAUCAAUGGCAAGAAAAUCAUGCGGCCCGCAAAAGGAGAAGCCCUGGAUGCGCUAUUGGACAGCAUAGAUAUUCCCAAAGGGUGGACUGGCCUUACUGAUCCUGCCACUGGCAAGCCUCUCAAUUUGAGCCAAGAUGAAUUGGAGAUACUUCGGAGGAUACAGACAAAUGAGAUGCCGGAAGAUGGCUAUGAUCCGUAUCCUGCAACCGUUGAAUAUUUCACUGGCAUUGAGGAAAUUAUGCCUUUAAGUGCUGCUCCAGAGCCUAAGCGAAGAUUCCUUCCUUCAAAGCACGAGGCCAAGAGAGUAAUGAAAAUUGUGCGGGCUAUUAGGCAAGGGAGGAUAAUGCCUUACCGACCGCCUGAAGAACGACAGGAAGAAGAGGAAGAAACACACUAUGACAUUUGGCAGGACGAAGUGCCCCGUCCAGAUCAUAUCAUGAACAUCCCAGCCCCAAAGAUAGCGCCACCAGGAUAUGAUUUGAGCUACAAUCCACCUCCGGAAUACCUGCCCACAAAGGCAGAAAAACAGGCGUGGGAGACUGCCGAUCCUGAAGAUCGCGAAAAGGAAUACUUGCCAACCUCAUACGGCUCAUUACGAAAGGUUCCAGGGUACGAGAAGUUCAUUAAUGAACGAUUCGAACGAUCUUUAGACUUGUACUUGGCUCCUCGUGUUCGUAAGAACAGACUCAACAUAGACCCCGCAUCACUGCUUCCUAAAUUACCAAGACCAGAGGAGCUUAAGCCAUUCCCAACAGUAUGCUCUACUCUUUUCCGCGGUCAUGAAGGUCGGGUCAGGAGUUUAGCAAUUGAUCCUUCAGGAAUUUGGCUUGCUAGUGGUGGUGAUGAUGGCACCGUACGUGUUUGGGAACUCUUAACAGGCAGACAGAUAUGGAGCGCAAAGAUUGGCGAUGAUGAGGGUGUCAAUGUUGUGAGGUGGCGACCAGGAAGAGAUGCUGUGAUCUUGUCAGCAGCUGCUGGAGAAGAUGUCUACCUCCUCGUACCUCCCAUCGUCGACCCUGAAAUGGAUGCGGCAAGCCGAGAGCUUCUAGACAAAGGCUUCGGCCAUGCGACAAAUGCGACACAAGCUCUCACUGCUAAUGGGGCUAGGAAAGAGCCUGUUGCAAAAUGGACUCGUCCUGGCUCUCGUCUUGAAGAUGAAGGGGUUCUCAUCAAGAUUACCCUACGAACUACGGUCAAGGUCAUCAGCUGGCAUCGCCGUGGUGAUUUCUUCUCCACUGUAUCACCAACGGCCCAGAAGAGCGCUGUCGCAAUUCACACACUCUCAAAACACCUCACCCAAAUUCCUUUCCGACGCCUCCCAGGUAUUGCACAAACAGUACAAUUCCACCCCUCUCGACCCCUCUUCUUCGUCGCCACACAACGCACAAUCAGAAGUUACGACUUACAAAAACAAGAACUCGUCAAGAUUAUCCAACCAGGUGCUCGUUGGAUAUCGUCGUUUGACAUCCAUCCUGGAGGAGACAAUCUCAUUGUUGGAUCCUAUGAUCGCCGACUUUUAUGGCACGAUCUUGACCUUUCAACGAGACCAUACAAGACUAUGAGAUUCCAUCAGAAGGCCAUCCGAGCGGUCAAGUAUCACAAGGGAGGCUUCCCACUGUUCGCAGAUGCUAGUGAUGAUGGUAGUUUGCAGAUAUUCCAUGGAAAGGUUGUGAGUGAUAUGAUGGAAAAUGCGCAGAUAGUGCCAGUGAAGGUACUCAAAGGACAUAAAGUCAAGAGCAAUUUGGGUGUGCUAGACAUAGAUUGGCAUCCAAGAGAACCGUGGUGUGUAAGCGCGGGUGCGGAUGGUACUUGUCGGUUGUGGUGUUAG